UGUAGAGACGGACAGACGGACAGACGGACACUGGACACUGGACACACUUACCGACUGUUACAUUCCAGCAUUGUUUCUGACCGUAACACCAAGAAGAUGCCACUGGGUGACGAUUGCCAUUCCUGGAAAAAGAAGACCACAGAUGUGAAGGAUCAGUAUGACUUCAAAGAGAUCCUGGGAACGGGAGCUUUCUCUGAGGUGGUCCUGGCUGAGGAGAAGAGGACCCAGAGAUUGGUGGCAAUCAAGUGUAUCCCCAAAAAGGCUUUAGAAGGCAAGGAAAACAGCAUUGAGAAUGAGAUAGCCGUCUUGCACAAGAUUAAACACGCCAACAUUGUUUCUCUGGAAGAGAUCUUUGAAAGUAAAUCACACCUCUACCUUGUCAUGCAACUGGUGUCUGGCGGGGAACUCUUCGAUCGUAUCAUAGAGAAGGGCUUCUACACGGAGAAAGAUGCCAGUAAGCUCAUUCAGCAGAUUCUAGAUGCUGUCAAAUACCUCCACGACAUGGGCAUUGUGCACCGUGACCUCAAGCCAGAGAAUCUGCUGUACUACAGCAUGGAUGAAGACUCCAAGAUCAUGAUCAGUGACUUUGGUCUGUCUAAAAUUGAGGGCUCCGGCAGUGUGAUGUCUACAGCAUGUGGAACACCUGGAUAUGUUGCCCCUGAAGUGUUGGCUCAGAAACCCUACAGUAAAGCAGUGGACUGCUGGUCAAUUGGUGUUAUAGCCUAUAUUCUGUUGUGUGGUUACCCUCCGUUCUACGAUGAGAAUGAUGCCAAACUGUUUGAACAGAUCCUGAAGGCAGAAUAUGAGUUUGAUUCUCCUUACUGGGAUGAUAUAUCUGAUUCAGCUAAAGACUUUAUAGUCCACCUGAUGCAGAAAGACCCCAACUCACGAUACACCUGUGAUCAGGCCCUGCAGCACCCUUGGAUUGCUGGGGAUACUGCUUUGGAAAAGAACAUCCACGAGUCCGUCAGUGCUCAGAUCAAGAAGAAUUUUGCUAAGAGCAAGUGGAAGCAAGCAUUCAACGCCACAGCGGUGGUCCGUCACAUGAGGCGUCUCCAGCUGGGCACCAGUACCGAGGGACUCAACCCCACCCUGCCAGAGGAAGAUGCAGAGGCUUGUUGCGAGGGAGGGUGCUCCCCAAACGUGGAAGGUGGAGCUGACCCCAUGACCAACUGCACCUUUCGCUGCCACCCGACCAGCAGGGUGUGAUCCCUGCCCCUGCUCCACUUACUUGCCUGAUCAAUCCCAGCGACUUUCCAAUUUGAACCCCCCUCUGUGGAUCUGGAGGCACCAUCUCCCCCCCUUAUCUGGUUAGGAAUACAGUGUCAUUCCAACCUCACGCCUGCAGGGGGUGCAAGCCUGUCCAGCCUGAGAAGGAAGACCUAAAAUGGGAUGAAAGGAGGAGUAGGGAGACUUGAGGUUGUUGAAGGAUUUCUUUACCGACUGGGCUGGUAGUUUGGGAUUAGCUGAAAUGGGGAGAUGACACAGAGGAAGGAGGGGAAGAUAACCUCCUCCACCAGCAUGUCAGGGGGAUUGUUUUUGCAGAAGCAGGACAGAGCUUGUUGGACACUGUUUUUACUCAUGAUUUUUGAUUCAACCUGUGUCUUUGUUUGUUUUAUUGUUUUAUAUAUUUCUCUGUUGUCUUUUUAACCUCCUGCUGUAGAGUUUUAAUCCAGAGACAACAUCUGCAUGAUCAGGAGAGAGUUCCCCUCACAUGUUUUGUUAUCUUAGAAAUGUACCCUGUUGCAAAAAUGCAGUAUCGCAGUGCAAUGCAAAUUAUGGAGUGUUGUGUGCAAAGGUGUUUAAGGAGGAAAAGCAUAGAGCAAUUUACUAUGUUUCAGUAUUUGAAAUUAAAUUGAGUCAAAUCCUCUGCAUUCUAUGUCUUUAAGUUGCGCUUUUUAGACAAUCAGUACAGAAUAGUUUAUGCAAUGAAAACUACAUCCAUCAACUAUGUAGCCUUUGUUUUGGCGAUGUAGUGUUUUAAUGCAGAGGUUAGGAUUUUUGUGAGGUAAAGGCUUUUCUCCCUUCUCUUUUCUUGACCCAGAACCCCUUUAACCACUCGAGCACAGGGAUAUAUCUUUGUCUAAGGUGCCUUUAGGAUGAUUGUUUGUGUUUAUUUUCGGGUAGCGUGUGAAAUUUUUUGUCUGUUUCUUGCAGCACAGACUUUUGUAUGUAUCACAUUUAAUGCUUUGAUAUUGAAUUUUAGUCUUUUUGUCUCAAAUUUUAGUACUGUCAUCUCAGAUGGCAGGACUGGGUACAUACUGUACACUGCCAUUAUGGUCUUAGGGAAAAUAACAUCAAAAUGAAACAAUAAUAUUGUCAAAACCAAUCUGGCAAGCUUCAUUUUUUUAAAUAAAUGGUUUUCGGGUAUAUUAUUUAUAUUUUUCGAGCUCCCUCAAUGAUGCAUAUUAAAGUACUGUGUUCAUGUAUUUUAAUACAACUCCUACGGUACAUUAUGUGCAAAAAAAACCUGAAAAAGAAUUGAUCAGUGUGCUUAGUCAUACUCAAGACUAGUAUUACUUAAAAGGAUUAAGUAAAUUGUGUUAAUGCAAAAAACCUAAACAAAAAUGCAUCGGUCACUGUGUACUGUAAUUGUACUAUCCUUCUCUUCUUACAUUUUUUUACAGGCACAUUUCCUCCACAUGCAGCCUGUUUGAAAUGAAACCUGGAUUAAAGAAUGUGCAUAUGCAUCAGAUUGACUCACUUCAUCUUUACUGUACAUCCAUUGGUGCUUUUUAUGUUUGUAUGUGCAUGAAGAGUAUGUACUUUGUAUUCAUUUUUCAUUCAUCCUACUCUUUUUAAAACUUGCAUAGACAAACUUAUAGCAGUUGGCUCUUUUACAAUGUUAAUUGUUCGGAGAAUAGGAGAAUGGUGUUGAGUAUCAGAUGUAAAGGAGCUUAAUGCAGGCCUGUUCAAAUCCUCAAUACUUUAUUUUGGGGCUUGAUACAAUCAUGAACUGAGGGACUGUCCUGCUGUGAUCUUCCAUCGAAAUGAGCUUCAUCCAUCUGCUGAUCGCUUGACAGGAUCUGGUUUUAACUGUUUUGUUCUCUCUUUGAUACUAUAGACAUUUGGUACUGAUGUGAUUUGCAUGAUGUGGCUUGAACUUGUCAAUACCCUGAUCAACAAUGAAUAGUGUGUACACUACUUGUGAUGAUGCAACAGUUGCCAUGAGAUGAGUGCUGGAAAAGGAGAGAUUUUUGCCCUUUGAACAGAUUCAAAAUUCUCUUCAAAAGUGUGUCAUGCAGAUGAUUUAAGAGCUACAAAAGUCAUAUAAACGUUUCAAUUUGCUGCUUACAAAUUUUUGAGCUUCAUCCUGCAUUCCUAUUGGAUAGACGUUGUCAUGUAUUUGGACUGUAACUUAACUGGUGACUCCAAACUGUAAAGCGUAAUUAAAAGAGUGAUUUAUUCCUCUGGGAUGUUCCGUGUGAAGUGUUUGUACUUUAUAAAUUACUGUGACAGAGGAAGACCUAAACAAGCACAGGAAAGCUGAGGCGUGGAGGCGGUUGUCUGCAGUCGUAUUAAAGUUGGCAGACUGACAAUAUCACAAUUUAUCUUCUGAUCAUAAAAACAACUCUGCUUAUUUUGACAUAUAGCCACAUACACUGUUAUUAAUCUCCAGCAGUGUGAUUUAGCUCCUGUAAUUUGCCUACUGGUGAUAAUUAAUUAAAGAUGUACAUGUUCCAGCUCUUUUUGGUUCAGCACACUCAAUUGCAAGAGUACUCAAAAUAAAUUAAGUUUUUACACAAACCUUAAACCAAAAAUGAAUUUCAAAGAAUAAACAAGUGAUUUGUGUUAAGUUUUCUCCUUGCUCAUUUACCGCUUGUAGAGAAUAACCAAUGUGUGAUAAGAAUUUGUUGUAUGAGUAUUUGUACCAUAAAUAUGUUGCCUUUUAAGAAAUGUUACAGUACCUACUUUAUACACAGAUGCAAUGCAUCAUGGGUUGUGAAAAGUGACUACUGCACAGUGUGAAAGCAAGUGACUUGUGCUUGAAACCAAUUUGUAAGUGAAACAUACAUUAAA